UGUCGAUGCUGGCUGAGCGUGAGUGUCAGACGCGGAGGCCGGACCUGGCCGUGACGGUGAUCUUAAGAUGCCGAAGGAAGCGUGCGGUCGCCCGGAGUGGCUGGGGCCGCGGGUCGCCGGCGCGCAGCGGGCAAGGGAACGUCGGCGGAAACAGAAGUGGGCUGUGGAUCCAAGAAAUACUGCGUGGAGUAAUGAUGACUCCAAGUUUGGCCAGAGGAUGCUGGAGAAGAUGGGGUGGUCUAAAGGAAAGGGUUUAGGGGCUCAGGAGCAGGGAGCCACAGAUCCUAUUAGAGUUCAAGUUAAAAAUAACCACCUGGGACUCGGAGCCAGAGUCAAUCAUGAAGACAACUGGAUUGCACAUCAAGACGAUUUUAACCAGCUUCUGGCUGAACUAAACACUUGCCAUGGGCAGGAAACAGCAGACUCCUCAGACAACAAGGAAAAGAAAUCUUUUAGCCUUGAGGAGAAGUCCAAAAUUUCCAAAAACCGUGUUCAUUAUAUGAAAUUCACAAAAGGGAAGGAUCUUUCAUCACGGAGCAAAACAGAUCUUGACUGCGUUUUCGGGAAAAGACAGAGUAAGAAGACUCUUGAGGACAAUUCCAGCCCCUCUACUCCAGAUGGAAACGAAACCUCCACCACAACAACCAGCGCCUUCACCAUCCAGGAGUAUUUCACCAGGCGCAUGGCAGAGCUGAAGAGCAAGCCCCAGGUCACAGCUCCGGGGCCUGUCGUUUCAGAUACCCAGGUGGAACCAAAAAAGGGAAAGAAAAGAAACAAAAAGGUAACAGGUGAAAACGUGGAGAGUUACACCCAGCCUGGGGAGGAAAAGCAUGAGGAAGAGGAAAACCAGAAGCAUCGGGCCAAGAAAAAGAAGGCUGCAAGGAGACAGCAGCCCAGACAGCCCUGCCGGGAUGAGGACUCGGAUGGUCCUGCUGAGGCCGCAGAGGAAUGCGAUGAUCCAGACUUGAUCCUGAAGCCCAAAAAAAGGACAGGGAAGAAAAAGCUGCAAAAGCCAGGAGAGGUACCAGUGGACCUUAUGCUAGCCAAAACACCAGUGAAAAAGAAGAAAAAAAAGAAGAAGGGUUCCAGAUGAAUUCUCUCCAGCCAGGGCCUUCCGACCACUCAGCUGCAGGGCAGACGCCUUUGGCCUGAAGUCAAAGCAGAGUGAACCCCAGAUUUGGGCACAUCUGUUAACAUGCCCGUGGGUUGCCGAGCCUCGCCCUCUCACCCCAUUUUCCCACCUUAAAUUCCCAGAAGUUUUCAAUAUGUCCUAAAAAAUGGCUCUCAUAAACAAAAUGUUUGUAAA